AGUCUGCCAGUAGUAUGAUAGCAACUAAUCACUUCACAACUGAAGCAGAUUUUCUACCUAACAAACCUUCUAUUAAAUAAAACAGAACUAUGAAAUAUUUUGCCGUCGUAUUUUUGGCUUUCUUUGCCUCCGCCUAUGGAAGAAAUUAUUGCAAUUGUCCAAGAAAUUAUGAUCCAGUAUGUGGCAAUGAUAACAACCAAUAUUCUAACGAAUGUGAAAUGGAAUGCAAAGGUGUACUCUUGAAACACCGUGGACCAUGUGACUCUCCAAGAGAUGUUGCACCAGUUUGUUUCUGUCCAUUUAUCUACAGUCCCGUUUGCGGUAGUGACGGAAAAACAUAUUCUAACGGCUGUGAAGCUGAAUGUGCUGGAGCUAAAGCUGUAACUACUGGAGAAUGUCCCAAAGUUUGUAACUGCUUUAAAGAUUACGAUCCCAAAUGCGGCACUGACGGUCGUACUUAUGCUAACACUUGCGAGGCUCAAUGCCAAGGUGUUGGCAUCAUCCAUUCCGGACGUUGCAACUGCUUGACAACAUUGGACUUAAAUCCAGUCUGCUCCUACAACGGAAGAACUUAUGACAACCCAUCUCAAGCCGCUUGCGAAUUUGCUCCAAUUAGAAAAUUGGGUCAUUGUUAAUUUAGAAAAAGGAAAAAUAUUCCAAAAAUUCAAAAUUCCUUAUGUUAGAAAGCAUUUUAACUAUGAUUUUCCUAAGAAAAAGUAUUAGAUUUGGUGGUGCAAUAAUUGUUAAAAGCUUUAUAUGUCCGUUUUUAUAAACAAAAUAGAUAUUUUCAUCAAUAAAAUAGUGAAUUUCAAAAUUUCAAAUUGAUGUUAAUCA